AUGUGGGCCAACACCUCCCACCGGCCACUGAGCCUCUCCGAACGCAUCUACCUCGCCGAGGUCCUCGCUGACGUACGGAUCCGGUGUGUCAAGCCCGUACCCGCCAUAAUUGGCCCCCUCUUUGGCCAGGUCGGCCCCUUCGAGAUCAACGAAGAAACCGCUCUACCCCUCUUCAUCGCAGAUCUACUGAGCGCCGAACACUACUGCAAGAUAUUGGCCCCCAUCUGGCUAACCUCCCACGGACUCAAGCAGUGGAUCGUGGAGGAGCAAAAACACUCCAACGACCUCCUACCGCCGCCGCACAACCUUUACAUAGAAAUCGCCAAUAAACUGCUUUACCA